GGCCGAGUUUCCUGAAAUUGCAGAAGUGGAAGAAGGGCCCCCGGAGUGGACAAUGGGCUAAAAAAGCCACCCUCGAGCCGUCCCCAUUCGGGCGCCAAGAUGGGCAACCUCAGCAACGUCCUUCUUCUCCUGACAGUCUCUUUCUCCUUGACUCGUCUCCAUCCCUUGCGGAGCCAGAUCAUCGGAGGCCACGAAGCCAAGCCGCACUCCCGACCGUACAUCGCCGCCUUGAAAAUAGGGAGCGGUUACGGUUGCGGCGGAUUCCUAGUGGCGCCCCAAUGGGUCAUGACCGCGGCACAUUGCAUGAGACAUAUCACGGUUGUUUUGGGGGCCCACGACCUUGAUGCCAUCGAGGAGUCCCAGCAAGUGAUCGGGGUCCAGUCAUACCACAAACACCCCGAGUACAACCCCGACAGCUUUGCGAACGACAUCCUCCUGCUGAAGCUGGAGUUCAAACCCGUCCUAAACAAAUACGUCCAAAUUGUGCCUUUGCCAAAGUCUGGCAGCGAUCUCCCUGCCGGCACCUCCUGCAACAUCGCCGGCUGGGGCCUGAUUGACGAAGGCAGAACCACUCCCAGGCUCUUUGAGACCGACGUCAACAUCUACAGUCGCAGGAAGUGCCGCAUGGUCUACCCCUGGCUGGACGACGGGAUGAUCUGUGCGGGGAGCCACAAGCAGCUCCUGGACACAAGCCAGGGAGACUCCGGAGGCCCAAUGGUCUGCAACGGCGUGGUACAUGGCGUCGUGUCCUUUGGCUACGACGCCCCGCCCGGGGUUUACGCUCGCAUUGCGCAUUUCCUGCCUUGGAUCCAGAAGGUCAUGGAGUCGAAUCCUUGAGAAGGUCCCAACCCUUGGGCUCUUCGUCCCAAUGUUCUGCUUGCUCAGGUCUUAUUUCAAUGCCUCUCCUUCUUCCACUGAGCCUGCCUUUUGAAGAAAUCAUCUAGGAACAAGUAGCCCAAAGAAUGUUCCAUUAUAGAAUCCUAGUGUUGGAAGGGAUCCCCAAAAGGCCAUCCAGUCCAACUCACAGGAGGACACCAUCCGAUCUCUACAGAUGGCCAUCCAACUUAUAGACAUUAGCAGGUUCAUGGGGAAAUAAAGAUACAGAAUCCUAGAAUCCUAGAGUUGGAAGUCCAAUCCUAUUCUGCGACAUAGGACACCAUCCGAUCCUUCCCGACAGAUGGCCAUCCAACCUCUGCUUCAAAACCUCCAGAGAAGGAGACUCCACCGGACUCCCAGGCAGUAUAUUUCACAGUUUUGUGUUUCCCAAGCGUCUCCCGAUUCUGUCCCCUUCUUAACAAACUCCUUCUGUUUUGCACUGUAUUGGAAAUAAAUGUCUUUUGCAGCAAAUAAAA